AUGACCAAUGACGCCACAUACACUACACCUACAACAUCAUCAACAUCAUCCUCAGGACCAUCUUCAACCUCAACCUCUUCACAAAAGGGACCACUACUCCCAGACACAGUAACAAUCGCAAUCGCAAUAUCUGUCCCAGUCGUUUCAAUAUCUCUCAUAAUAACCGGCCUUCUCCUCUGGGACCGACGAAGAAGACGUAAUCAUGCGCAAUAUGCCGAUAAUAACAGAACUGAAGAUAUAGAUAUAACCUUACCUGACACGAAACCGCCUAGUCCGACUGCUGUUGAAAUCGGAUCCAGUGAUACCCGUUACGAAUGGCCUACUGCUGGCCAAAUGGAGUUAUACGCGCGUGCUUACAGUGCUUCGAGGUACAACCGUAGGCCGCCGACUCCGGUACAUCAUGUUAAUGUUUAUGAAAUGUAUUGA